AUGGGGCGCUUCUUCUUAGUGGCACUAUGUUUGGUUGCGACUCUGAUGCUCCCGCAAACAGUGAACUGCAGUUAUCCGCUAGAAGAGGAUGCGGCGGCGGUGCACCUCCUGGGCCCGUCUCUUGCAACGCUCUGGGAGUCGCAAUUCAGUGGGUUUGCCAGCAGCAUCGCGGCUGACUAUGCAGCAGCAAUGACGGUUCCACCAAAAGAAAACUGUACCCACGGGGGCCAACCAGAAACAAAUGGUAACUGUACGUGCGCUGACUCAAACAAUUUCAAUGGCUUGCGUUGCGAGAUGUGUCAACGUGACGGGUCUUGUCACGAUUCUAGUGGCGACUCGAGUGAGUGCAACCAGAGCCUUUCCGUCCGAGGAGCAAACAAACAGUUUGAGUGCGCACUUGACUCUCCGUUUUUUAUCAACCUCAUGGGUGGCGGUCGCAAGAUUGAGGCGAUUGUCACACUCAACUGUACCACAGAAGACGGUGGCGCCUUCGCCAGUGGCAACAGCGGUGUUUGCGCCAUGACGUUGUAUCGCAUUGAGCCAAAUCACACAUUUGUCGAUCCAUUUUUCCGGUGUAUCACGUCGAAAUGCUCAAUGCGCCUGGCAACCGAAGAGAUAAAUAAGGACGACAACAGUACCAAGACAUCUAAACGCGUUUUCAAAGCGUUGACCCUGACAGGGCAAGUGGUGCUCGUCACCCUCUGUUCGCUUUUAGCUCUGCUGCGCUGUGUCUCGUCCAAGCUUGGUCGUCGUCUCAUGGCAAGGAUUCUGGUCGGGUUGGGUAUCACACUUGUGGUAUUCACGUUGCUCUUCAUCGGCGUCAUGUUUGGCAAUAUGCGUCCGAGGCACCCGGCGAUGCUUGCUGUGUAUGAGUGCAAAGAGACGGAGUGCAGUUGCGCCGAAUACCCCCCAUCAGGAAACAAACCAAUCUGCGCGAAUACAAUCCUCAAUGACAAGAUACUUCCAAUGAUCAGGAACAGUAUCCGCUUUGCGUGUAACCUGCAGACAAAGUUGUGCCAACUGACGCUCGCUGAUCUCGCACUUAUGUUUGAUCUUCAAUGCAACGCUAGCGAAUGCGUGAACACGCGACAGUUUCCCAAUGGGCCUUCAAUGGAGGAGUCAAUUAUCGCACGGGCCCAACGCAACCUUCUCGUUAUAGUUGCCCUCGUAUUUGUACUAUCAAUCAUGGCGAUCAUGACCCACGCUUUCUGGUUAUCUUCAAAGUCAAAACGUAAAGCCCUUGAGUUCAUUCGCAUAUUUAGCCUCUCAGAGACGCUCCCGCUAUCAGGGAGCCUCGGACAGAUGCUUGAGGAGGAAACUGUGGAAGAGAGAUUCUUUGACAAGGGAAGCGUUGGUGAUGUGGUGGACAGUGUGCGACAGCCAAACCGGCAGGUUCAAACAGAGGACAACACCAAGGAAGUCGUACCCGAUGCUAACGAGUUCGUUGGUCUGGUGUCUCAUAGCCGCACUCGUCAUGUGCAUGCCACGAGCGAUGCGAGGCGCACUUUCACCACCACACCCUACGAAGCGGACCAAGUGGAGUUCACCCGGAAGCUGACCAGGUCGUCGUUUGAGCUCAAGGUGACGGAUUUGGAGUACGCCCUGAUAGGCUCACGCUUCGCCAUACACGAAGAGGCGAGGACACGGUUGAUUUUGCAUCAAGUGAACUUCACAGUGCGCUCGGGCGAAGUGCUAGCCAUUCUUGGGCCAUCCGGCGCGGGUAAAACAACGCUGCUCGACCUCCUGUCUGCCCGCAGCAAACAAGGUCAGACAACAGGGAGUAUAACCUUCAAUGGCACAGCAGUUUCCACCAACUCUGCCUCAGUGAUCGAGCAGUAUCGCAACAUCAUUGGGUACGUCUCGCAGGAGGAUACCUUUCUGCCAGCCUUGACAGUGUACCAGACGAUUGAAUACGCGGCACGGCUGAAGCUCCCACAGGCCUUCUCUAAUGCCACCAUCAAGAACAUUGUGCGGCACAUGAUUGAGGCAUUGAAACUCCAGCGAUGUGAACACACGGUGAUUGGCGAUGGCAGCGGCCUACGCGGUGUGAGUGGAGGCGAGAAGCGACGCGUCUCCAUCGCAGUGGAGCUUUUGGCGAAUCCGCGCAUCCUCUUCCUUGAUGAACCGACCAGUGGCUUAGACGCGGUGAGUGCGAAGCGCGUCAUGGAUGCGGUUGUGGAGCUUGCGAAGGAGUCCCCGAUGCGGGCGUACGCACCCCAUUACUUUGCCUUUAAGCCCAUCGUCAUCUUCAGCAUUCAUCAACCGUCGCAGGAGAUAUUUGAACUCUUCGACAAACUGCUCCUGCUUUCGCGUGGGGUGAACGUGUACAGUGGCCCCGCCCGCUGCGCUGCCGCAACGCUCGAGGCGCGCGUGCUGCGGGUAAUUGGCGGCGUGCGUGCCGUGCCCCGAAGCGCCGACCACCCGAACCACGCAGAAUACCUCAUGAAGCUGGAGGAGGUUCUCGAUGACCCCGCACGCAUGGAGCUACGAGCGGAGGACACUCUGCAGGCGGCCACACAGUACGAGGGGACCGAAUUCUUCCGGCAUUCACAGCAGGAAGCUCUCAGCGGUUCUGAGGCUGUUGCUUCUGCUACUGGUGGUGGUGGUGAGGAGGAGGAGGAAGAGGGUGAAAGGCUGGUGCUGGGCGCUGACAUUCUCCGAACCGUUAUCGGAUUCCGCGUGUACUACGCGAACGUAUACCAGCAGCUCGCGCUGCUGACGUCGCGGGCGGCGAGUUGUCUCAUCUCCUCUUUCCACCUGAUUGUAUGUCACGCCGCCGUGACAUCGUGCGUGGGGGUCCUCAUGAUGGUGCUGUACCGCGAGCAAAACCUUGACCUCCCUGGUGCCCUUAAUCGCGCUGGCUCCAUUACCUUUCUGCUGCUUGUCGUGUCGUUUGUUUCACUCAGCUGCCUUGAGCAGCUUGUUGCCGAGCGCAAGUUGUUCGUGGUGGAGCGGGAGAACGGAUUUUACCACACCCUGCCGUACCUACUAUCAAAGGUCGUGGUAGACAUUGUGCCGCUGCGCAUUGUGCCGGCGUUGGUGCUUGCGUCGCUUAUCUACUUUCCCAUGGGUCUCCGCGUGGACGAUGGUAUGCACUUCUUCUGGUUUGUCGUCGUCGUGGUGCUGUUCUCUGUAUGUAUCACACUGGUUGUGCUGUGCAUCGGCAUCGUUACGAGGUCAUUUGGCGCUGCGGCGCUACUGAGCAGCGUCGUCAUUCUGUGGAACUUCGUCUUUGGCGGGUUCCUUGUGCAGGCGGAGACGGUGCCGUCGGCGCUGCGGCUGUUCCAGGCGAUUUCACCCUUUUUUCUUGCCUUCGAGGCGCUGCUGGUGAAUGAGCUCGACGGGCAGGCGUGCACCUUCUCCCCCACCGACGAGACGGGGAAGCCGGCGGCGACGAGCAUUCCCAUCAUGUGCGUUCAGUACCUGUCGAACAUCGGGCUGCGGCCGGCGCGCUUCAACAACGACGUCGCGCUGCUCGCGGUGUUCACUGCCGGGUUGUUCGCCCUCGCGUUUUGGCUGCUCGCAAAAUUCAACACCAUUGUGCGGUAG